CUUUAACUGACCUCCUCCUAAUUAUUCCAUGUCCCCUACAAGGUACAUAGUAUUUGUACGCUGUAUAUCUCAAGCAAUGGGAGCCGACUUGUAGAUCUCUUCGUUCCCUCUCCACCCUCUACACCCUGUGGCCUUCAUUCCUCCCGGUCUUCUCUUCUUCGUCCUUUUUCUGCAUUCCAAUCAGUUGGUUCUCGUCCGUUAACCACAAUUGGGUGCUUCUGGCAUUGUUAUCCUUCAUUUGUAACAAUUGCCCUUGUUAGUUUCUCUUAAGAAGUAUUCUCUGAGGUAUCAUCCUUCGAGUUUCUUUGUCCCCCUCCUUUUCCGCCUGGGGCAGACCCAUUAUCUAAACACCACACUCGAUUUAAAUAUUGGUCUUGACGCCCACGCCUGACCAAGGUACUUUUACCGAUACUCAACUUUGAUUGAGUCACAGUCACUUAACAUUCUCCUUCAUUAUAGGACUUAAGUCCUUUCUCCAAUUUAUAUUUCUUUACAGCUGGCUGUUUACUUCCUUUCACUUACCCUUUUAGAGGUAUCGGGUUGACCUCAUCUACCUCGUACAGUGUUGGAUCUCACCAACCACCGAAGUAAACAUCUCUUGAAUGACGAUUAUUUGAUUCGAUUAGGUCAUGGCUGGACAAGCAGCAGCACAAACUCCCGGUCAGGGACAGGCUUCAGGAUGGACGCCCGCGAUGGAAAAUGAGUCUCUGUCGAACUAUCUACUGAUUAUCUGUGGUGCCGUCUCAGUUGCCCUCAUAAUAUGGCGUGUUACGAGUGCGUUGACCACAUAUAUCCGAACCGUAACGAGUCUAAACAGCGAGACGCAACGAUACUAUGUGGGAACGUCGUCGAAGUGGGCUUGGGUGAAGAAGAACCUCCUGUAUUCCCCGUUAUUCAGAAAGCGACACAAUCGGGAAUUCCAGUUGAGCAGUGCGGUCAAUGUCGGAACGCUUCCUACACGAUUCCAAUUUUUGUUCAUUCUCGGUUACUUCGCCACCAACAUCGUCUUCUGUGUCGUACACAUCCCCUUCGAGAGCUUUACAGACGCCGCGAAGCAACUUAGAAACCGAAGUGGAACUUUAGCCGUUGUCAACAUGAUCCCGUUGUUUCUCAUGGCAGGACGGAACAACCCCCUUAUCGGCUUACUUGGCAUGUCGUUCGAUACCUUUAACCUGCUCCAUCGUUGGUUUGGACGCAUUGUAGCAUUGGAGGCAGUCUGCCACACACUUGCCUUCUGGGCUGCCUCGGCAGCUGGAGCUGGAUGGUCCGCCACUUUGCAGAAUACGGUGUCGAAGCCGUUCCUGAUGUUCGGAUUCAUUGCCACUAUCGCCUUUGUUGCGAUCUUCAUCCAAGCUGCGAGUAUUGCGAGACACGCCUACUACGAACUUUUCAAGUUACUGCAUAUCGGUCUCGCUGGGCUUGCAAUUGCCGGCCUAUGGUAUCACCUUAAGUUAGCGGAGCUCCCUCAAAUCAAAUGGUUACUUCCAGUCAUUCCCAUUUGGUGUAUUGAUAGAUUCCUCCGCAUCGUGCGAAUCGCGUACCACAAUUUCGGCAAGGGAGGAACGAGAACCCUUAUCGAGGCGCUUCCCGGCAAUGCUGUCCGUGUUACAGUGAACAUGGCGCGACCAUGGACUUUCCGCCCCGGUCAACAUGCUUACUUGUACAUGCCAGCUAUCAGCUUCUGGCAAUCUCACCCGUUCUCCCUCGCAUGGAGUGAAGAAGCCGAAGAGUUAAGCGCAGACAAGCUAGCUAUGAAUCGACAAGAUGUGCUCUCUAUGCGAAAGACUAGCAUGUCUUUCAUCAUUCGAGGACGAACCGGAAUGACCCACACAUUAUAUCAGAGAGCUGCAGCAAAGCCCGAUGGCCGACUCAUGACAACAUGCUUUGUUGAAGGACCGUAUGGUGGAGAGCAUUUGAUGCAUUCGUACGGAACCGUCAUGCUUUUCGCAGGUGGUGUGGGUGUCACUCAUGCGGUCCCUCAUGUUAGAGACCUAGUUACAGGAUUUGCGAAUGGAACGGUCGCUACGCGAAAGGUGAUUUUGGUAUGGAUUAUUCAGAGCCCCGAGCAUCUUGAAUGGAUCCGGCCGUGGAUGACGGAGAUUCUGGCCAUGGAUAGACGCCGCGAUGUUCUGCGCAUCAUGCUAUUCGUCAGCAGACCACGCUCGACAAAGGAAAUUCACAGCCCUUCAUCAACCGUUCAGAUGUUCCCUGGCAGACCCAACAUCGAAACCCUCAUUGGCAUGGAGGCCGAGCAACAAAUCGGAACUAUGGGAGUGUCAGUCUGCGGGCCUGGUGCUCUCAGCGAUGAAGUCCGACAGGCGGUGCGUCGCCGACAAUAUGACACAUCCAUCGACUUCAUCGAAGAAGCCUUCUCUUGGUAAACGUCGGUCUCUAUUAGACCUUGGCACCACCAAAGGUUGCUCGGGUAACUCAGGUCCAUAUCAGGGGACCAGAUACAUUAUGUAGCAUACUGCUGCUCGGUUCGGUUGUGCAUAUUCCCUUUCCUUUCUGCGACUGUUGUCACAGCUUCUUGUAGAUACUUCCUUCAUAGAUACGUCGGCCUGUCGCCAUCAGAUAGCCAUGCCCGGAUACGUCGAGAACAUACGAUUUGAUUUCCAAAUAUUUUUCAUGUUCCAUUUUGAAGUGAAUGACUAUCUAUUGUGACAUGCAAACAAAGAACUAUGUCGUCCUUAGUAUUGGUAAGACAUGUGUCUGAAGGAACUAGGCUUCAAUUCUGUGAACAGACCUCCUAAUAAAGUCAAAGGUGAAUAGGUACAUGAAUCAUGAAAUGUACCCAGUGCCAAGAUCGUUAGCUAAACAGACACGUUCAAUAGACUAACAGCCUCAUCCAUAUUUAUCUAGGUACCCUUCAUAUGUUGUAUUGGACGACUAUUCUGAG